ACGGGAUGCACCAACAGUUGUUCUCGAAAAGGUAAUCGGAAACGUAACUGGCGAAACACGGACAGUGCAACAGUGCGGUGCGAUGAAGCUGUGGAUAUCCUUUCUUGCCUUGGUGGCAGUUGUGCAUUCUGAACCGCUGAAGAACUUCUUCCAUGGAGUCGGCCCGAACGAAUAUGUAUACCACUAUGAGCUAGAUGUUAGGACAGGGGUAUUGGAGGCGAAAGUUGGUUCACAGUAUGAACUGCAGGCUUCCAUUCACAUUCGACCAGAUCCUUCUGGAAAUGGUACCUUCGUGUAUGUGGUUGAUCCCAAGGUGUAUGUUUACACUGGGCCGCUAUAUCCUGCUGGGGAAGUGUACGCCAAAACACCCAAGGCUAAAACAUUUGUGCCAAUCGUGAAGGAAGCUGAAGUUAUAAAAUUGCCAUUCUAUGUCACCUACGACAAGUAUGGAAUGGUUCAAGAAGUGUUCACGAUGCCAGAUGAUACUCAAUGGAGUGUAAAUAUUAAGAAAGGAAUCGCUGCCAUUAUCCAACUACCCGUCGAUAGAGUUCCAGUGCAGAAAUACGUUAAGCCGACUGUUUUUUUCAAACUCGAAAAUAGUGUCUACGGUAAAAUUAACGUAACAUACGACGUGGAAACAAUAGACGGACACGUAGUCGUUACUAAGACUCCGGAUUAUGCGAAAAUCGAACACAAGCCGUACUACGUUUUUAGCAACAUUGAAGUGGGAAAAGUAUACAACGAUUGGACCAUUUGGAAUGCUUCCUAUCCCGAGUCAAAGUAUAUAAUGAGUACAGACAAAGAAGGAGUCAAAGUGUUCAAGGUUCACACUGAAAAUAUCAAAACCAUCCAGCCUUCCGUGUCUAUGGGACAAGUUCAGUACGUGUCCACCCAACAAAUACUCACCUUUGAGAAAGAUAUGGUGCCUUCAAGCGCUUUGGACUUCUCCAAAUUUGUGGUCUACAAUCCAGUUACCUAUGUUCCUGCGAAAACUAUCGAAACCACGUAUUUCCCUUGUUUGUCUGUGAUCCCACAUGCCGCAGAUAUUGUCGUCAUUGGUCCCAAGCUACAAGACAUGCUCUAUGAGGCCGUUCAAUAUCUUCAGGAUAACCCGAUCACCCACGUAGAAACAGACACGAAACACGGCCUAGUUAUUACUCGAAUUAUCGAGCUGCUCAAACCAUUAACCGUAGAUAAUUACGAACAAAUCUACACUUUGUUAACCAAAACAACUACACCCAAGGAUAUUGCCGCUUUGGAUGUUUUCUACAAAGUGAUUCCAAUGGUUGGAACCAAGUACUCCGUAGUGUUCAUUAAAAAUUUAGUGAAAAGCCACAAGAUAAAGGAGAUCGUGGCUACAACCAUGCUAUUUUCCACCGGACUGAACGUACGUUAUCCGACUGUUGAGCUACUCAAAGAAGUUGAAGAACUGUACCAUCUUGAGGAUGAAGCCAAACCAGAAGUCGCUCAUGCUGCUAUCCUCACCUUUGGCUCACUAGUAUACAAAACAUUCAAACAAGACGUUCAUUCGCCUGUUCUGCAGCAAUACAUCAAGGUAUACUACAAGAACCUCAAGGAAGCUAAAACAUUCGAAGAACAGCUAGUGUGGCUACAUGGACUGAAAAACAUUGAGAUCGGAUCUGUCUAUGAGUUGAUCGCGCCAAUUGGGAAGGCAGAACAAGUUUUGAACCUACCAUAUGAUCGUCAUCUUAGGAUUCAUGCUAUCUACUCCUUGGAGAAGAUUCUGAAGCACAACUACAGUCUGCUGUUCGAAACAGUCUACCCCGUAUUCAUUGAUGAUACCCUUCCGCUCGACCUUCGAGUAGCCGCACUGAAGGUGCUGCUGUCUACCGAAGAUGUGAAAUACUUCUCGAAAAUAGCGGCCAUUAUGAAGAACGAGAAGAAUCCCCAGCUUUAUUCCUUCUUCAUCACAACGGUGAAGCACAUUGCUGAGUCGUGCAUUCACGAACAUGAUGACUACUGGCAGUAUGUCAAACAAACGGCAAAAGUUUACAAACACAUCGAUCCGUCCGUCGAAACCCAGGCUUUCUACUAUGACUAUGUCGAUAAGAAACACUACUUUGGAGCAUCCAUCUAUGGCAAUUUAGUUGCCGAUAACAAACACAACAAAGUUAAUCAGCUCUACAUAAACUUCAGUCCGUACGUCAUGGAUCGCACAAUUGAUCUGUAUUCGGUUUACGUCAAAUUCGAAGGUGUCCAAAACCCACUAACUAUGCUUUGGCCCAAGCUGUUCAACAUUGAACCGAAGACCGCGAAAGAGCCAGUCAUCAAGAACUACGAGAAAGAACCUAUCCACGUCGAAUUCACUCUGAUGGCCAAUGGAAAGGUAGUCUACACCAAAUAUUUCGACGAGGAGACCAUCAAACAGUUCUACAGCUACACUUAUCUUACCAUAUUGACAACAAUGAAGUAUCAAUUCACAUCGGUUCUGAGUCUUGCCGAUGUCGAAGUAUUCUCACCGACGCUGGAUGGUGUGCAAACCAAAACAGAUGUCGAGCUGCCUCUUGUAUCUCAGUUCAAAUAUGACAUCGUUGCACCGGCCGCUAAAAACCCUCAGGAGAUGACAUUCUCAAUUCACAGCUACUUCCGCCUGUGGUUGCAUGGUUUCUACGGAAUCUCCGUAUACAAUCCGUUUGCAUCAACGUGGCAGGGAACUCGCCGUGUACAAGCCCUCGAUCUCAACAUACCGAUCAACCUCGAUGUAGUAUUCAACUUCCAGCAGAACUCCCUGAAAAUUGUAUGGACAAAGAGCACCAAUGAAGUACAGAAUGUGGUUGGCUUCAAGACCCACGUUAAAACUCAAAUUUAUGCUAAGCCAGAUUCAGAGGUUGACUAUCUAAAGGAUACAUGCCCAGCUUGCCAGCAAGUUCUAACGACAAUUGUGUCGCCCUCGUACAAGAAGAAAGACAUUGUACUCUUCGAACAACACUCGAAGUACACUGGGCUACACCUGUAUCUCUCCGUGUAUGAUAUCGAAAUGUUGCCACAUGUGAAAUAUCCCAAAUCACUGACAGAUAUCUUUGUAAAUGAUGUCUUCUAUGAAGUGCCCGAAGUUUCCUUCCAAAAAAUGCUGAUGGCCUGCUACACCUGGAUUUACACAACCUUGCUCCCACCUCAGUACUCCACGUACGGAGUAGUAGGCUACAUUAAUCCAUGUAAAAUAUAUCCCACCGACAAGGUGGAGAUUACCUUCAAGGUCAACACCGAAGACGUGACUCAUGCACUGUGGACAACUCCCAGUUAUCAGCAGUAUGUGAAGAUGUCUGCCAUAUUCAAGAACGAUAAGGGCGUCGAGCUGAACCAUUGGGAUGUUAACAUUCAUUACACCAACGAGUACGGCAUCUACUUUAAGAAAUUGAACGUGCAAAUCACUCGCAAGACACCGGGAGAGAAGAACCUGAAUGUGUGCCUGGAUUGGGUGAAAGACGUUGAAACGGAUGUGGUUGAUGGCAAAAUGAAUUACUACCACGGUUACUCGUACGACCACAAGUGCGUGAAGGACGACAUGGUUCUGUCGGUCAGCUGGACCGGUGGUUAUUCGAGCGCUCAGAAAAAUUACACCAAAACGCCGGUUUACCCCUACAAGGAAUGUGUCAAACAUUACGUCGAAGAGCACACUCCAAUUCCGGUGACCUACGAGUGUUGCGAGGCGUACACCACUGUUCGGAAGUACAUCUACAACGUAGACUAUCAAAAUGUUCUACCCGUGUAUGAAGAAUGGAUGAAGCCGGUUUGGUUCUGGGUGCUGCAGGUACUGCCGGUGUAUUAUGACGUUGAGCCACACCAUCAUGUGCCCGUUGGGGGAUUCGUUGUCGAUGUAGAGUAUCCUUUGAUGUGGGAGGAGUAUCCUAUCGUGAACUUCGUUGUAACAUCUCCCAAAGAAAGUCUUGUGUUCGAACAUGUUCAAUACUACGACUGGGUGUGGCUACUUCAGCCCGACAAUGUUGUAUUCACCAAGUACUUCGAUUUAAUGAAAUCGGUUGGAUAUGUCCAUAAAUGUGUAGUGAAUCCAGUAUUGAACUACACAGGCUUCAAUUAUAUUGAAAGCCAGGAUCCGGUUUACAACGAGUGGACUCUGUAUGCAUCCGAUCAUCCAACCAGCUACAGUUGGGCAGUGUACGUGAAGAAAACUGAUAAGAACUAUGUCGCUCUCAAGAUGGUACUGAACGAUCGUGCUGUCGUAGUUCAACCAGUACUCGACAAGUCCGUUGAAGCGACCGGUUUAAUGAAAUAUACGUUCACUAUCGAUAGCCACAUCAUGGAGGCCAUCAAGACCGGAGUCGUUCCCGGGGUGUAUCCGCUCAAAUACUACCAGGUCUACGACACGGUAGUAUUCGUCGUUCCAAACGUGUCCCUCUACGUUGUCUACGAUGGACACCAGGUGAUCGUGGAGACGGUGAAAUCAGACAAGUAUCACUAUUACGGAAAAUGUUACGUGUAAUCUAUUUUUGAUAUAACUGAUAAUUGAUAAAACUUUUAAGACAUAAAUAAAUAGAGUAAACUCUCCAGGUAUUCGA